AUGUAUGCCCUUGGGCAUAGCCCCGAGUCUUCACGGCAGGCCAGUCCUGCAUCGCGAGAUCAUAACCCGCGGAAGCGCGGUAGGACAGCAUGCACUCGAUGCAAGACACGGAAGCAGAAAUGCGACAAUGAAUAUCCGACAUGCUCCAACUGCCUGAAGGCGGGGGCCGCGUGCGACAAGUCCAGCGUGCGAGAGGACAGUGACGGCCAGAAUGAUUAUACUCGCGUUCUGGAAGAACGUGUGGCAUUCCUGGAGCGCAGACUUAACCAAUCGAAGCCAGCAAUUCCAGAUCCAAAUGCUGCCAGUAUGACUGCUGCACCUUCGCUGCUCUCCCCGCAAGGGAGUCAUCCAACGCCACAGACAGCUACUUCGAGCCUUGACAAUAAUCCCGUUGGGGAAAUUGUGGGCCUGCUUGCUCUGAGCUCCUCUGAAGCUCCAGCAUACAUAGGAGCCAGCUCGGGGGUUUCCCUCGCUAACAAUUUGGGGGAGAUGGUCCAAACGAGUGUUUGGAACCAGUUUAUCUCAAGAAUGCAACAGAAUCAAACGAACACAAAUGCUGGCAGCAACUCUUCUCAAAACACAUCAGCCCGAGUACAUGGUCCCUCGGAGCAGCCAUCCGCUCCUCGGAUUCGAGAUCAGCUCUUGCCAGCAAAUGCUGAGCCACCCACAGACGAAAUGGGGGCACGAAUUCUGGACACUUAUUUUACCCGACUUCAUUCGAGAUACCCGUUUCUCAAUCAGAAGCAAGUCUGGAAAAUUCACGAAGAUCGAUGGCGAUUGGCUAAGACCAAACGUGAAGACCUUACUCGGUCCGAUCGAUUCGCUAUUUUCAAGCUCAAUCUUAUAUAUGCUAUCGGGGCAACGAUGCUUCAGUUAAGUGAGAAAUAUGCAUACACAGCACCUGACCGGUAUUAUAACACAGCCCUACAGCAUGUUCACUCAAUGUGCGAAGCGAGAUCUAUUGAUAACAUCGAAGCCAUGAUCCUACUUGUCGUGUACCACCUGCGAACCGCAUCCAGUCACGGUAUGUGGUAUAUGAUUGGACUUGCUAUGCGUACUUCCAUCGACCUCGGUCUUCACCGAAAGGCAAAUGAGAUCAACAUGGACCCAUUCACCACACAGAUGCGCCGAAGGCUUUUCUGGACAGUGUAUUACCUUGAAAGAGUGGUUUCAAUGUCUCUCGGUCGGCCAUUCAGCAUCUCCGAUCGCCACAUUGAUCUUGACCUACCACUGGACGUCGAUGAUGACGUUGAAGAUCCGGCAAUACUAGCAGCCCCCCAAGACCCAAAUAAGACUACUUCCCUCACGUUUGCAAUCUACCUCAUCAAACUCCGCCGCAUCGAUUCACGCAUCCAACACAAAAUCUACCGUGCCGACCGACCUUUAUCUUCCCUCCGACCCAAAAUGGACCCCUUAUAUCUCGAACUCGAAGAAUGGAAAGAAUCAGCCCUCCUACGAUUCAGCGGUCCAGAUCUCGAUUAUCCAAUGCUCCACUACAACCGAGCUGUACGGCUACUGAUCCAGCCCUUCCUUCCUCUCCUCCCAAUCACCGACCCAUACUACCAUAUCUGCCUCCGCGCCGCAGGAAACAUCUGUCAAUCCCACAAACGCCUCCAUCAAACCCUAGAAUAUGGCCACUCCUUCCUUGCCGUACAAACCGUUUUCAUGGCAGGGAUAACACUCCUAUACGCCCUGUGGACACAUACAGACCAAGUCUGGUCCGUCCGCAUGAGCAACGACAUCCGUGCUUGCUCAACGGUGCUCUUCGUCAUGGGCGAGCGCGCAGCAUGGGUUAAGAAAUACCGCGAUGCGUUCGAGCUACUUGUUAACGCCGCUAUGGAGAAAUUGCAGGGUAAUGAGACAGCUCGCAAUGCCGGAAUGGCUGAGUUAAUGACUGCCCAGCAUGGUAUUAACUGGAAUACUACUGUCCCCGGCAUGUCUGGUAGUGACAAGUUCCCGCCAGUCAAUCCGACCAGUUUAGCAUCUGAUGCCGGGCUUACGCCACAGGUCGGUGCUGCGGAUGAUUCUGAACACGCGGUUAGGAUGGCGUUGCAGUUGGCGCCGUGGAUUGAUCAGGAUGAAAGUGAUCCGUUGUGGAUGCCGGAUUUUGAGACGCUGGAGAAUUUGUCCGGAACCUUUUGGAAUAAUCCUGAUACGAGGCUUUUUGAUGCCCUGUGA